CUCACGUGGAUGAUUUUGGUGGGGAACAAAACUCCCCCCAAAAAAUAUUUCUUGGCAGAUCAUCGUAUUGUUUUUUUGUGAUGCUUGAUCUAUCGCCUUAUAAUAGUCUAACUAGGUCUGCAUCAGUUUUGAAUUUCCACAAAGCAGUUUAUUUCAAGGAGUCGUUUGCCUUCAAUCCUCUAUUUGUUUUCAUGACAUCCAAACAAGUGUUAGAUAAAGACACCAAUCUGGUGUGCUCGAGUUCGGGUAUUUCUCAUAGAACUCUUGGCGUUUCUAAGCUGUCAAACUUAAUUAUUUUAUUGUCUUCUCACCGAUUAAGAAACAGAAGCGUUCAAAAAUUCUUUCGAAUACCGAAGGAAUAUGGGUUGGACUAGUUGGUCUUAGCAUAUCGAGAUUAUAGGGUGGAGAAUAAGUCAGAAUUAAUAUGACUUCACCGGACUGUUUGGUAAUUUUGAUUGCCACUCAGUUACUUACUGCAUGUAUUUGAUAUUGCAUAUAACUACAUUUACGUUGCUUAGAUAAAUACAUUGGUUUUCGUUACUGUCGUUCUGAUCGUGUUCUUCUUCUGUGUGGAUAUGCAGCUCGACUUCUGCUACAACAAGAUUUUAAUAUUUCAUCCGACAAUGAGGUUAUUCGCAACAUUAUCCAGAACUAUAUUGCCCUUCACCGGGGAUGUGCAGUAUAUCUAUAACCAACUAAGAAAUACUAUCAAGCUACCGGGACCCUAGAGAAGAGCACUGGUUAGGUGAUGGCACACACAUGUACUCCCAUCAGUAAAAGUUGGAUGAUGUUCGCGUACUCUCGGAUUAAUGUUGUAAGGUCUAUUCCGUUAAUAAGAAGCUAUGUUGGUUCGUGCUACUUAAGACUUUUUACGACUAAGUCAGAUGCAAAUGAAUCAUCAGAAAACUGCGUUGUUUCUGAUUUUCCACUGCUUAGUGAAGCUGUGAAUGCAAAAGACUUUGAAUUAGUAUCGAAAAUAGUUGUGGAACAGGAUCCCUUUGAGGUUAAACGCAUACGGAUCCCUAUAGAAAAUUCAAAGUCCUCUCCUAAUCUUAUUCCUUCACAGUCACACAGGCGAAUGGUUGGAUGCAUCUUUUUAGAGAUUGGUUUAGCAAGCAAAUUAUUUGUUCGACCACUCAAAUAUUUUAUCACACUAACUGGGUCAUUAUAAGAAAAGCGAUAUCGUCGCCUGUUUUUUAAUCAUACGGAAAUGAAAGCCUUAACAGAAAAUAUAACCCAUCCAGUGCCAUAAUGCUUUCAAACCAUAAAGUAUAAACUUGGUUCCUCUACAACUCCAACUGUAGCUUUUCUAGGGCUACUGCCGGUACCAAACCCGGGUAAAGGAGGAGCGUUGAGCGUCAGAUCGGCAACCCCAUCCAGCAGAAAACAACCUCGUUAAAAGGCGCUACCCCCCUAAAAAAUAUUUAAACUCUGCCCUCCGAGUCGAAGGAUUUCCGUUCAGAAGUUAUGACGCCUCAUGGCGAAAGCCAGGAUUCUUCAGAAGUCACGAGGACAAUACUCCUUCUAACAACUAGAGCCACAAUUAAUAUAGGUAAAUGGAAUGUCCGGA